AAGCAAAAAGGGAAAGAAACCCCCCCCAAGCGUCUAUUGCUGCGGCGUCCUGCCUUUCCACUCCCGUGCUAAAUUGCAAAAAGAGGCUGCAGCAAACACCCAACACCACCAUUAUUACCACCGUCGUCGCCACCUCCUCCUCCUCCUCCCUUUCUCCUUUUGGCAGCACCAGGACGUCCGGUGUGGUGCUGCUGCUGCUGCUGCUGCUGCUGGGGGCAGCGCGCACGCGAGCUCGCCUUCGGCGCCUGCCGCUUUCUUCCGAGGUGCCUGGCCGGGCGAGCGAGCGCUGAGGCGACGAGAGCGCGGCUGCAGCCCAAGCAAAGGAGCCACGAUGAGCGCGCGAGGCGAAGGAGCCAGCCAGCCCUCGGCUUCGGGAAGCGCCGCCGCCGCCGCUUCCCAGGAGCAACCUGCCACCUCGGAGCCCCCGAAGAGGGGUCGUGGCAGACCCAGGAAGCAACCCCAAGAACCAAUGGGAGAGCCAUCUCCUAAAAGACCAAGAGGAAGACCUAAAGGAAGCAAAAACAAGAGUCCCUCUAAAGCAGCGCAAAAGAAAGCAGAAGCUACUGGAGAAAAACGACCAAGAGGCCGACCCAGGAAAUGGGUAAGUAUUGCAUUUUUAGUUUUUAUCAAAUUAAUUUUUCCUCUCUUAAGAAUUCAGCAAGGUAACUUUAAAAAGAAAGAAAGAAGGCAGCUAUUUCGUUUUAGUUUAACAAACGGCUGCGGUCAAUUCAAUGUGCCUCAAUCCAGUGAACCAGACCCCAUCAUCAGAGGUUGGUAUUGGCAGGCAUGUUCCAGGGCCCAUGAAUGGGUGGAGGGCACAGAUUGCUAAUGCCAGGCCUGAGAUGGUUGGAGUUAGCACAUCAGAAGUGGAGGGGCAGAGAGGUGGCACACAAGGAGGCCGCACAUGCUCCCUAUAAUUGCCCUGAUGAGUGACCUCCCCACACCCCUGGCGUGAGACAGGCUAUACAUGCUCAUUACCCUUGUAUGGUGUAUGUAUAUCCCUGCCCCCUGUAAUGGCUAGGGGCAAAAAGUCUGUGUCUGACAAGGUAUCUGUACUACUCCUUCUCCCCACUGCCACCAUCACUGCUCUUCCAAGUCCUUGGAGCCUCCUGGCCAGAACCCACUCCCCUCCACGCCUUGGCAAUGGCAGUGAGUCAUGGAAAGGGAUGGGACCUGUGCUAGUUCUGCAGGGAAGGAGAGGAGCAUCAACCCAUAGUGGCACUGGUGAGGAGCAGAUUCUGGAUUGGGGAACUUGGGGCUUCCAGAGGUUGUUGUACUCCAGCUCCCGUUGUCAUCAACCAGCAUGGCCAUGGGUCAAUGAAGAUGGUACUUGCAGUCCAACAAAAAUCUGGAGGGCCACAAGUUCCCCACCCUGAUGUGCAUUUAUAGGGGGCAGGGGGGGGGGGCUCACUAGAGGCCUCUUGAAUGAGACUCACAGAAACCUGCAGCACCCUUGCUGAGAGUUAAAGACAGGUGAGGAGUUAUCACCGCUUCCUACCUUUAGACUCUGGGAGUUUGCUCAAAGACACAUUUUACUACUGUUUGCUGGGAGGGGAUAUCUGUGUCUUAUCAGCAUGAAUGAACUUCAGCUCUUCCCUUUUUAAGUGAGAGGUGGAGGGGAAACAGAACACUGAGGUAGUUUGUUGAGUAAUUCAGUUACAAAGGUUAAAGAGUGGGGUUUAUCAGGAGUCCAAACGUGAUUAGGAAAGAGGAUAACAUUCAAACGCAGUGUAUACAAAAAGCAGGUUAAUAAACAAAACUCCUUUGUCUCUUUCAUGAAUGUCCCAUAGUUUCUGGAAAACACCCCGCUCCAAUGGUAGGAAACUUAUACCCACUGCCUCAGUGAUUCAUAUUAUUUCUCCUGUCUGGAUCACUUCAGAGCAGGGAAAGGCGGGCCUAAGGCAGAGGCAGUUUUAGGGUAGCACAACCAGUGCGAUCGAUCCCUGGGGGAGCCAAAACAAUGCUAUAGAAUGAAGCGAGAGGCAGGGAGGGGGAGCGGAUUUUAGCGUCACCGAGGGUGCCUGAGGGAAGAGGAUUUGCACAUGCAGGUCGCUUUGCUACACCAACUCAGCAUCUGAGGUAAGGUUUGUGCCUCCCAGGAUGGAAGAGGAUGGAGCAGGAGAAUAUCUCCUUGCACCUCUUAAAGCAGCAGUGGUGUGGCAUGCACAGAACAAUAACCGAGAAGCAUGCAGGGUGCACAUUCACUGUCACACAUGCAAAGAACAAGGCCUUCUUUCCUUUGCUGCUCUGUUGCUGCUCUUUCUGGUGCCAACACAGGCCCGGUCUCUCUACCAAAUAAUACUAAUAAUAAUAAUAAUAAUAAUAAUAAUAAUAAUAAUAAUAAUUUAUUAUUUAUACCCCAUCUAUCUGGCUGGGUUUCCCCAGUUACUCUUGGCGGCUCCCAACAGAAUAUUAAAAACACAAUAAAACAUCAAACAUUAAAAACUUCCCUGAACAGGGCUGCCUUCAGAUCUCUUCUAAAAGUCAGAUGGUUGUUUAUUUCCUUGACAUCUGAUGGGAGGGCAUUCCACAGGGCAAGCGCCACCACCGAGAAGGCCCUCUGCCUAGUUCCCUGUAACCUCACUUCUCGCAGCGAGGGAACCGCCAGAAGGCCCUCAGUGUCUGGACUGAACGAUGGGGGUGGAGACGCUCCUUCAGGUAUACUGGGCUGAGGCCGUUUAUGGCUUUAAAGGUCAGCACCAACACUUUGAAUUGUGCUCGGAAACGUACUGGGAGUCAAUGUAGGUCUUUCAAGUUAUGUGGUCUCGGCAGCCCCUUCCAGUCACCAGUCUAGCUGCUGCAUUCUGGAUUAGUUGUAGUUUCCGGGUCACCUUCAAACAUGCCCUUCAUCCUCCUGCUCCCUCCAAUACUUCACUAGUCAUUGCUGCUCUCCAGGCAGCGAGGAUGUAAGUCAAAUCAAUAUUGAGCUCGGGAGCCUGGGCCAUCUCAGUAGGGCUCUGAUCUUCCUCCUCCAUGUGAAGAGAAUGGGAUGAGCUGGGUAAUGUGGACAAAAAACUGCAGUAGGAUGCCAGUUGUGAUGUUGAAGAGCAGACAGUGGCCAUCCCUGUUUCCUGUGCAGGGGGCAUGUAGGCACACAUUAGGUUCAGAGGCAAAGUUUACGUCAUGCAACUGCUUGGAGUAGAGGAAAGAGGUAUCUCUGGAUUGAGACCCUGCCUGAAAUUCUGAAGAGCUGCUGCCUGUCAGUGUAGAUGAUACUGAACUAGAUUGGCCUAUGGUCUAUCUAUCUCACUACCAGGCAGCUUCAAAGAAGUAAGGAUGUCAUUCAGCCUUAGCUGGUCCAAAACUACCCCCCCUUUAUUUUUGCACGUGGAAACAUAAUUGAAGAAUUUUUACAUUAUGAUGGAAAUGGUAGAGGCAAUUCAUUCAGUGGCAAGCCCAUUGGCAGUGUGUGAGCCCCAGAAGUUGCUCAUUUUUUAAAAAUAACAUUUUUGUGGGGACGCAAACCUUUGAUAUUAGACCUGCUUUUAAGAGAUUCUUUAACCAUAUGCUGUAGCUUUAGAUGAAUGUCAUCUUUUGAGAAAUGAAGAGUAAGGGUAAUGUAUGCUUUUUAUAGUGUCUCUCUCUAUCUCUCUCUCUGGUUUCCACGGAACGAGUAUAUUGCAAAUAGUUGUUAAAGGACUACACUUUAAUUUUGUGUGUGAAGAAGUUCACUGUUGGAGGGAAAGCCUAUUGUAUCCUGCUGGUGCUGUCUUCACAACCAUAAAGCUGAUGGUGGAAGCAAGGAUUGAUUGGCACAGUUCAAUUUUCCCAAGCCCACAAGGUCUGCAUGCCAGGGACGAGUGCGUCCAAACACUCUCUACCCAAGCCCCACAGCCCAAUGGGAUGCCUGUUGCCUCCUCUGCCAUUUGCUGGUGGGGAUGCAAAUAUCCCUUCCCUGUUCAUCAGAUGACGUCAUCAGCAGCGGAGGGGGCAGUUGCCUCACUAUCAAGGUGCAAGACCGGGAGGAGUGCUUUCCAUGUUUCCGCCCAUCCUGGUGCCAUGUCCACAUUACCUUUUCUUUAUACCAUUUAUGCCAAAAUGUUUUUUGGGGGGUAGGGUAGGAUGAAAAAUUUGCUUAUGGGCUGGCUCAGGUUCCCUGGCAGGGAGUCAACCACCCCUGAGUUAUAUUAUUUAAUCUUUCAGAAAGUGUGAAGGGUUUUAAAACUCAUGGUCAUAUUUUUUUAUCAGAAGAUGAUAAAAUAGUGUUGUUGGGUUUUUUUAAAUAAAAAAAUCACCCUUAUCUGGUAGUUAUUUGUGGAUGGGGGAGAUCGGAUGCUUCUAAAGGGGUACACACCCAUACCUGCGAAAGGUGUGCAUAGCUCCCUCCAUUGAAGUUAAUGCUUUAUGGAAGGAUCGCCAGAUAUAUAAUGGACCACACAUGCAGAACUCUGUGUUGAGAGCCAUGUAUAAAGAGAUGUUAAAAAAAAAAAGGGAGGAGGAUGUUACCCAAAGCCAUAUGGCCCUUUGCAUUUUAACAACCCACCUCAGUUUACACUCCACCUCUGUUUGUCAUACACAUUUCCUUUAAACCUUUAAAUUGCACUGGACUUAUUUUUGUAUUUAAUCCAGUGCAUUUGCAGUUAGCAUUCCUUCUAAACCACUCUAUUAUUUAUAAUAGGGGUCACUGAGAUUUUUUGUUUUUUUUAUGAUAUUUGAGGUGGGGUAGAAGGUGCAAAAUUACAUGUGGUCGAGUUUUGCUUUUUUGCUUUUUUGUAUAACUCUGCAAGCCUUUCUUUUUGUGAGUCUAGGAUUCUGUGUCAUAUGUUGUUCAUCAAACUGUAAAGUAUUAAUUCUCCUGUUUCCUUCAAUGUGUACAUGCAGAGAUAUAUUAGCUAACGGAGCUCUGCAGAACUUGUGGUAGCCAAGUCUUCCUUCCAGUUCCAAGUUAUAUACUUUACAUCUGGUGAUUCUCGUUUUUUUUUUUUUUUGAAAUGGUAACUAAAUUUAUCGGACCAAUGUGAUACCUUGGAAUAGUACUAGAAGUCAUAAUAAUAACAACGGCAUAAAGUGCAUUCUGAAGUGUGUAGUAAAUUACUUUAUCUUUUCAAUAAAAUUAUAUUGCUCCUGAAAAGCAUUAUGUGAAAGUAAGAUUACUGGAAUAAGCAUAGAGCACAAUGUCAUGCAUUCUUUGAUCAGGGAGACCCCAAAUACAAACCAAAAUCUGGAAUCAGUAUCUUAGUUUCAAAUAUACAAACAAUUAUUUCUUGCCCAAAGCCUGACAUAUCCAGGCAAUCUCCGUAAAUGACUUAUACAUUUGUAAAUUGCUUUCCAUCUAUAGGUUCCAAUGUGAUUUACAGAUAUAUACUUAAACCAGCUAAAGUAUAUUAAAAAAGGUGUAGGUUUAAAAACAACAUGGAAUGACCUUUGCACCUGGUUGAGAAAGCUUGUUGAAACAAAAAUGUAUUCAGUUGUUUUUGUAAAUUACAGAUACAGUAGUGGGCGGCUGUCAUAAUCUCGACAGGAAUACGGUUCCACAGAUACUUGAUUCGAGCCCAGUGAUUUUCAUGGGACUUAAGCAUUCGUAGCUGUGUGCCAGAUCGUAGCCAAUGGCUCUGAUUCCCCAGAGCGAUCUGUGGCCUGUUCACAGGUUGCCCUACUGAAGAUGAGUAGUGUGCAUCAAUAUGUAUGGUGCAGGGUAAAAAUGGGGUUCCCAUCUUUCAGGAUUGGUUAAUGCUGUGAUCCUUGCUGAAGUGGAUUCAUGCAUGACGAUUAGCAGUCAGUGCAGUAGGCUUUGACAUUCCUUCUCUCUGCCCACAGUCAAAGAUGAACAUCUCUUUAGAAGCUGUGCACAGUCUUUUAAAGUAGUGAACAUCUUUGGCCCACGGGCUCUUUACAAAGAACUGUGAAUUGAAGCAAUUAACCUGUAAAUUUCAUUGACUUCAGGCUGUGUUUUCAACUCAAUUUGCUUAAUUUCGCAGCCAUAAUGGAACACUUUUUUACAUGGAGAGAUGCAAUAAAAAUGUA